UCCGGCUCUUUGGGCUUCCAAUCCUUCCCCUCUCGGCAGCUAUCCGUCGCCAGUGCGUGUUUUUGUUUCCCGCUCUCGCGAUCUCUACUCUCGUCUCUCGUGCAAGCUCUAAGGCAAGGAUGGGGCGUAGGACAUGUGGCACGGCCUUCAUCCUUCUCUACGUGCUGUCUACGUCGACAUUGCCCGCGUCGUCAUCGAACACCGGCGACGGCCUCAUCCGCAUCCCGCUGAAGAAGAGAUCGAUAAUGGACACCAUCUACGGCGACCUCCUGCCGAAGCCGAGCGCGCCGGAGGAGAAGGAGAAGCAAGCCGUCGACGACCCGGUGCGGGACGCCAUAGCCCGAGCACGCGAGCGGCAGCACGAAAUGCUGGUCCAGGCCGCUGCCACGGAACGCAGGCGCAGGUACUACUGGAGCUACAGCGGGGCCGGGGGCAAGGGAAACGGCAGCCGUCUGCAUGACGGAGGCCAGGGCGAGGGGUCGGGGAGCAUCGCCAUCGUUGCGCUCAAGAACUUCCUCAACGCCCAGUACUUUGGGCAGAUCGGGGUCGGCUGCCCGCCGCAGAACUUCACCGUCGUCUUCGACACCGGGAGCGCCAACCUCUGGGUCCCUUCUGCCAAGUGCUUUUUCUCGCUCGCGUGUUUAUUCCAUCCCAAGUAUGACUCCCGCCAGUCCAGCACUUACAAACCGAAUGGAACACCGGCUUCUAUUCACUACGGGACGGGAGGGAUUGCUGGUUUUUACAGCCAAGACCAGGUCACGGUUGGCAAUCUGGUAGUUCAAAACCAGGAGUUCAUCGAAGCCACUCACGAGCCUGGCUUCACCUUUCUACUGGCAAAAUUCGACGGCAUCCUCGGGCUUGCAUUUCAGGAAAUUUCAGUUGAAGGUUCACUUCCAGUAUGGUACAAUAUGGUGAACCAAAACCUAGUGGCGCAGCCUGUUUUCUCCUUCUGGUUAAACCGGAACCCAUUCGACGGGGAAGGGGGCGAAAUUGUGUUUGGAGGUUCUGACGAACAGCAUUACAAAGGAAGCCAUACGUACACCAGGGUCACUCGGAAAGGCUACUGGCAGUUUGAAAUGGGUGACUUUCUCAUUGGCGGAAGGAGCACUGGAAUCUGUGUGGAUGGUUGUGCGGCCAUUGCAGACUCUGGGACUUCGCUGAUUGCUGGUCCUCUAGUUGCCAUUGCCCAGAUCAAUGAACAGAUUGGAGCGGCCGGGGUGGUCAACCAAGAGUGCAAACAGGUCGUUGCUGGUUACGGGCUACAAAUUGCAGGGCUGCUGGAAGCUCAGCAGACACCACCAUCAGAAGUGUGCUCGAAGGUCGGGCUCUGCACGUUCGAUGGGACACGCGGAGUAAGUUCUUCUUCAUGCUCCUCCGGUCGCAGUGCUGCUGGCAUCGAGAGUGUACCGGGAUCCGUAGACGGCAUGGCGGAAGCUCUAUGCAACGCGUGCGAGAUAGUAGUGUUCUGGACGCAAAGCGAGCUGAGCCCGAACAGGAGCAACGAGGGCACGCUGGAGUACGUGGACAGGCUCUGCGAAAGCAUGCCCGAUCCGGUGGGGUCGCGCGUGGACUGCGGACGCGUGGGUUCCCUGCAGACCGUUGCGUUCAGCAUCGGUGGAAGGGCGUUCGAGCUCCGGCCUGACCAGUACGUCCUCAAGGUCGGCGAGGGGUUCGCCGCGCACUGCAUCAGCGGGUUCACGGCUCUGGACGUGCCCCCUCCGGUAGGCCCUCUGUGGAUACUGGGUGACGUCUUCAUGGGAGCCUACCAUACCAUCUUUGACUACGGCAAGAUGAGGAUCGGGUUCGCAGAUUCCGCGUGAGACACGGGCGUUCUUCCACUAAUGACCGCGACCACUAUAGCUGCAGUAUGUUCCUCAGAGAAGCCCUGCGUGGUGUAGUGCUGGAUUUUCACUACUACGCCCUGCAGAGCUUUUCUCGAGCUUCUGUAGAGCACAUACACUACGCGCAGGACAAAUGUGUAUCGCUGCAUCGAGAAAGAAAUAAAGGAAACAAUGCAAAAAAAAGAAAGAUCAUGUAUUAGUUUUCUUUAUCUUUAAUUUAUGCACCCAGAAUCCCAGAUAUAUCAGCAGAGCCAAAGAGUGGCGGACACUGCGACUAUUUUCA